CUUGUCUGGAGCGGACGCACCACUCCUGUCUCUCCAGUACAACCGACGGCUUGGCCAAAGGAGAAGAACAGCACGACUGGACCUGCUGUUGGUUAUUCUCCAGACUCUUAGCUGGACUUUAUUGCACGACACUGAGGGAAAAGUAGUCUUUAAAGUAAUUAUUCAUAAUAAUAUUCGUUUUUUUCUUCACCACAUUGCUGGGAAUUAGAGUAUAUAGCCAUGUCCGAAGUGCUGCCAUACAACGAAGGGAAGAUGAACGGCUACGGGGCGGACAGUGAAGUCAGUCAGAUCUCCUUCAGCUGUAGACUGCAAGACACGAACUCAUUCUUCGGAACAUCACAGUCCAAAAGGCCACCCAAACUCGGGCAGAUCGGCAGGGCAAAACACGUGGUCAUUGAGGAUGACCGAAUAGAUGAAGUUCUUAAAGGGAUGACAGACAAGUCAUCACCCGGCGUGUAAACUUGAACCAUUAUACCUCGUCAACCUUUUCUUUUAAUCACCGGUUUGAAGCACUUGUCGCCUGUGCAUGUGAACGAGAGGUGAAGAUGAUGAUUCAGUGUACGAGUACAGGACGAAGGAUAAAGAGCCGCUCUGGAUGAUGGGUUAAAAAGCAAGAUUCUAAGCUGCUGGCCACUCUCCAACCAAAACCCAUCCCGAACCACUGCUGUGAAGAAAGCUGCCCAAGAUUUCUACUCAUUUAGCCCCGUGUCUUGUAGAAGCUGUGGAUUUGGCUGUGAGAUUUCAUCCCAUCAACAAUACAGACGCCCCGAUUCAUAGGCGCCUAUCACAGUUUGAGCUGCUCGUUCAAGGGAGCUGUCCAGAUCAGCACCCGAUGCACAACUUGACUGUCUUUCCAGAGAAAUAAGCUAUAUUUCUAUAUCGCAUGGAAAUGGGAUGAUGUACGUAAUCGAGGCAAGAUUGAUUACAGGUUUUAUUCACUUCCUCCACAUCCAUUCCAUUUUCAAUCCUUGACUGAUCAUAUACCCAAAAUAGAGCCAACUCAACGCCAGCAAGGAAGAUCUGAAGAAUGACUUGCAAUGAUGGGAAAAUGAGAAGGAGAAUAACUUCUUGUUUGAUUUAUUGCGUCUUUUCUAUGACUUUUUUUUCUGUUAAUUUGGCGUUGUGUAUAGAUUAAUAUACAGUAUAUGGUUCUCUUUGCAUGAACUUUUCUCUUUGUGCCAUUGCGGGUGUUUCCAACUCUUUUAAACCCAGGCACGCUUGUUUUUACCGAAAUCAAUAUUUGUAUUUUUUUAUAUACAGUAUGAAUAUUUGUUACUCUGAACGAUGUUAUCGUCUGAUCUUGAAUAGUUCAUCGGCACUGACAGGGUAUGUGUAGAUACAGAGGCAUAAAACAUAAUCAUAAAAGGACAGACUGAAUGUUAUUUUGGGGAAGGGGUUUUCUCACAUCAGCAUUAACUCGCUUUUCAUUGCAAUAAGUGAUCAUGCCUUUGUUGAAAAUUAAACGGUUAGGUAUAAUUUCAGAGUAUGUUCAACAGCACUCUCACUUCGAUAAAAUCGAUGUUGGUGUUUGUUUUUUAAGAUUUGAGUCAUUUGUUUAUUUACAUGUUUUUGUAUUCUUUUCAAUUGUUUAGUGUAUAAUUUAUUGUGCAUGGUGUAUGGAUAUAUUUUUCGAGCUUAUAAAUAAUUUAUGAAGCAAAAAAAAUGUACACAUGUCUCAGCAUUCUAUACAAAUGAAUGAAUAAAUGAAUUCAGAGGA